AUGUUCGCCGCUCGCCGCCUUACUACCAGCGUUCCCCGCGCCCUCAGCCAAAGGGCUUUGUUCCACAGCACUGCACCGGCAUUCGUCCAAAAGGGAGACUCCAUCCCAGACCUCGAUGUCCUAGUUGAAAACUCCCCAGGGAACAAGGUUAACCUCGCCAAGGAGCUCAAGGGCAAGGGUGUCAUUGUCGGCGUUCCCGCUGCUUUCAGCCCUGCUUGUUCUAGCACACAUGUCCCUGGCUACAUCAGCCAUCCCAAGCUCAAGGAUGCUGGCCAGGUCUUCGUGGUUGCCGUCAACGACCCAUUCGUAACCAAGGCUUGGGGUACCUCCCUUGAUCCCCAGGGCAAGAGCGGCAUUCGCUUCUUGGGUGAUCCCACCGGAAAGUUCUCAGAGGCUCUCGAUGUCACAUUCGACAGUGCCUCGAUCUUCGGUAACCAGCGCAGCAAGCGCUAUGCGCUUCUUGUUGAGAAUGGCAAGGUCAAGGAGGCCUUUGUUGAGCCUGACAACGCGGGCGUCAAUGUUUCUACGGCCGAGAACGUCCUAGGAUAA